AUGGCUCCAUUGAGAUACGACUGGGUUUUUGGCGCAGAGGGCGGAGGCGAAGAAUGGGCAGACGAGAUGACAGGAUCUCGUGAGAAUCGACAAGAUAAACCAAAGAUGGGUGCACAACAAAACCAACACCGCCUACAUUUCGCGACGGAACCUUCUCUCCACGAAUGGCAAGUGUUCGCAUGUCGCUUCAAAGCCGAAAACAAGAAACUCGAAGAUGAGCCUCGCUCUGGUCGACCGACUGCAAUAUCGUUCGACGAACUGAAAAAUCUGGCGGAGCAGCAUCCAUGUGAAGGUGUGCGGUAUUUUGCUGCCAGUUUUGCCUGUUCGCUGUCCACCCAUCACCUGGAAGAGAAGCGCUACGAUGAUCGUGACCACCUCAAAAAUGACCUUCGGGCUUUCUUCGCCUUCAAGUCGCCGAAGUUCUACGUCAGAGGAAUCCGUGAUCUUGUGAGACGUUGGCAGAAGGUUGUCGAUGUUGAUGGAGAUUAUUUCGUCGUAUAA